UCGAUCCCCUCACCAAUCAAGAAUCUAUCCAACUCUGUCUUGAACAUGCUCAAUUAAAUAAUCAAAGAUUCGGUUAAAAGGUUUUAAACAGAACCUUUAAGGCAGAGAGGUUUGGGAAGAGAUUUUCAAAGUUUAGGGUCCUGACAGCUGAAGUCACAGUCGCACGUGGUGAAAUGAAGGAUGCUGGGGAGACCAGCUGGUUCAGAUGGCCAGGGCUGAGGAAAUUACAACGAUAGAGAGGGACAAAGUCGUGAAGAUAAGACAUGCACUCAGCAUGUAUAUUAAAGGCAUGUAUAUUAAAGGCAUGUAUAUUAAAGGCAUGUAUAUUAAAGGAUUGAGAGACAGUGAUUACUUUGGUGAACUGAAGUCUGGAGUAAAUGUUGUCCCAUUCAGGAUUUUCCUCAUUAGAAAGGGAAGGGAUUGUAUGUGGAGAAACCCACAAUUCCCAUUCUGGAUUUCAACUUAACGAUUGGUAGACGCAAACUGGAAAGAAACACAGGACAAAAUAAAAUUCAUCAUAAAUCAAUAUUGUGAUGUUAAAAAAAAUCCAAAUUUUUGUUUUCAGGGGAUCACAUAUGAGCCGGGUGCAAAAGAAAAUCAAAAAAGCACCAGAACUGCCCUUGGAGAAAGCUCGUGCUGCUGCAGCAGCUGGACCAAUAAAAAAUGAAGAUAUUUCCACCGAGGGUUGGAAUUGAAGAGAGGAAGGACAGGCUGCUUGGUGGGUGACGUCAACUCAUCCCCAGUCAGUAUUUGUUUACAGAGGGGCCGCUUGUUGCUGUAGCUCAACCAUCCGGCUGUGUGAUCAAACAAGACUCCAUUUAUACCAGAGAGGGACAGGGAGAAAGGCUUGGUGGACGGAGAGUAGGGGUGGGGGGAAAUAUUGCAGACAGACAGACAGACAGAGAGGGGCAAGCCAGGCUGAAAUUAAUAAGGCCAGACAUGAAACUGACCAGGUUCAUUGAGAAACUGGUGACAGCGGGAGGCCGAUUGUAACCAAUCGACCAGCACUGGAUACAAGGGGCAAAAUGUAACAUUCUUCGGUCGAUGUAGCGGAUUCAGAGGUUGGAUACAUUUUGUUCUCCUAUCUCGCUAACCUCUGGACUCUGUCGGUGAGAUGGCUUUUUAUUGAGCUAGAAAUCUCUCCGUUUGUACAGACCGGCCGGUGAUCUGCUCGCAACCCCACACAGCCCGGCUUUUAUUUAUUUAUUUUUUUGGGCUGUUUGCUUGUUGCAAUGCUGGCGGAUUCUCCGAGGUCGGAAGGCGGGUCGAUGCGGCGGAUCUGGAGUCGGGCAGGGGCGAGUUGGAUGUUCCUGUGGAAUGCCUUUCUCCUGGGCUGCCUCCUGCCUUCGGAAAAUGGAAGGGGAGCCCUGGCCCAAGAGAUCAUCCAAGUGGACGGUGUCUUCGAUCGUGCCUAUUUGGUGAUUGUCAAUAGCCAUGUCCAGAAUAUAUUCGCUUUCAAUCACACCGUUUCACGGAACAAGACAGAGGGGGUCCGCGUCCAUGUGAAUGUUCUCUCCGAGCAGUCCAAAAACCCGGUGUUGUUUGUCAUCCGACAACAGAAAGCAGUGCUCUCCUUCCAGGUGCCAUUGAUCCUCAGGGGGCUUUACCAGAGGAAUUACGCCUAUCAGGAUGUGAGUCGCACGCUUUGUCAACCAGAAAUAAAGAGUGAAUCACAAAUGCAAUAUUUUUAUGUGGAUGUCUCAACGUUAUCUAAGAAAAACACCUCAGUCCAACUUUCUGUUAAACGCAUAGAACAUUUCGUCCUAAGAACUGCAGAACCAUUCCGAUUCAAUGCAACACCAGCACAACCCCAGUACUUUAAGUACAAGUUUCCUGAUGGGGAGGACUCAGUAAUAGUGAAGGUUACAUCUGAUUCAGCAUUUCCCUGUUCAGUUAUCUCCAUACAAGAUGUCCUGUGUCCAGUCAAUGAUUUGGAUAAUAAUGUUGCAUUUAUUGGCACCUAUCAAACAAUGACUAAAAAAGCAGCGAUUACUGUACAGAAAAAGGAUUUCCCAAACAGCAGCUUUUAUGUGGUGGUGGUGGUGAAGACGGAGGAUGAGGCCUGUGGUGGAGCACUGCCUUUUUACCCAUUAAGACAAGAUGAGCCUGUAAAUCGAGGGAACCGGAGUAAGAUUCUGAAUGUGACCGUGAUGCCUGCUGUGAAUUCUGUGGCCUAUGUUAAAGGGACGUUGUUCAGUCUGGGAAUUUUCCUGGCAUUUUACCUGCUCACAUUGUUCAUCGCUUGCUGGGAGCACAGUCGACAGCAAAAGAAGAGAGAGAGACUUCUGGGGAAAAGUAUCUCAUCUGAUCAGUGUGAUCCAUUAUUAGUUUCAGCUGGUAGUUACACCCCCCAGAGCCCUGAUCUCUACACUGGAAGCUCAGCGUGUCAAAGCUAUGGCUCCUUUGAGAAUGGUUCCAUUCUUGGAUCUGAAGCAAUCACAGAUAGCAUGGAGUCAGAUUCCACCUAUGGUUACAUGGGACAAGACCAAUUCAAACAGCAGAACUUCUGUAUUCGUCUGAGAGGUUUCGAUAUUGAAAGGCCUCUGGAUAAUGUGACCCGUCCACGUCUCGAUUCUCUCAGCUCCAUCGAGGAAGAUGAGUACGACACCCUGGCAGACAUUGAUUCCGAUAAAAAUGUCAUCAGAACAAAGAGGUUUCUGUACGUCUCUGACCUUGCACGGAAGGACAAGCGGGUUCUCAGCAAAAAAUAUAAAAUUUAUUUCUGGAAUAUCGCGACAAUAGCAGUUUUCUACGCACUGCCAGUGAUUCAACUGGUCAUCACAUAUCAGACGGUUUUCAAUAUCACGGGAAAUCAAGACAUCUGUUACUACAAUUUCAUGUGUGCUCAUCCUCUUGGGGUCCUCAGUGCAUUUAACAAUAUCCUGAGUAACCUUGGAUACCUGAUGUUGGGUCUUCUGUUCUUGCUGAUUGUCUUACAACGUGAGAUUCUGCACAAACGGGCCCUAAUGCGGAAUGACAUCUGUGCAUUGGAAUGUGGAAUCCCUAAACAUUUUGGUUUGUUUUAUGCGAUGGGGACUGCUCUGAUGAUGGAAGGGCUACUCAGUGCCUGUUACCAUGUUUGUCCAAACUACACUAACUUCCAGUUUGACACAUCUUUCAUGUACAUGAUAGCAGGCCUCUGUAUGCUGAAGCUGUAUGAGAAGCGACACCCGGACAUUAAUGCCAGUGCCUAUUCUGCUUAUGCCAGUCUUGCCUUAGUCAUAUUCUUCUCUGUGCUGGGAGUGGUCUUCGGGAAGGAUUACAUCGUGUUCUGGGCCGUUUUCUCCUUUAUUCACAUCCUGGCGACACUUUUGCUCAGUAUACAACUGUACUACAUGGGCCGCUGGAAACUCGAUACAGGGAUUUGCCGAAGGAUUAUUCAUGUGAUUUACACUGACCAUAUCCGACAGUGCAGCGGACCUGCCUACAUAGAUCGGAUGGUAUUACUUAUUAUGGGGAAUAUUGUGAACUGGUCACUAGCUGCGUACGGACUAAUUCUGAGACCCAAAGAUUUUGCGUCCUACCUGCUGGCAAUAGGAAUCUGCAACUUACUCCUCUACUUCGCUUUUUACAUCAUCAUGAAGCUCCGAAGUGGUGAAUCGAUCAGGCCCAUUCCCCUGAUCUGUAUUAUCUGCACAGCUGUAGUCUGGGGAUUUGCUCUGUUUUUCUUCUUUCAGGGCCUCAGUACGUGGCAGAAAACCCCAGCAGAGUCCAGGGAGCACAACAGAGAAUGUAUCCUGCUUGACUUCUUUGAUGAUCAUGACAUUUGGCAUUUUUUGUCCUCUAUAGCACUAUUUGGAUCUUUCCUGAUCUUGUUGACUCUGGAUGAAGACCUGGAUCACGUGCAAAGAGACAAAAUCUAUGUCUUCUAAUUCCUAGUGGAGAAAGCAGUGACCGCACAGCAGACUUCCUGCCUUUUGUCACCUGAAGCCUGUUCCUCUGGAGAAAAGGAGACAUGGGGUUAGCAUUGCUGCUGUGAGUGAACUAUGGAGGUGAUGGGAGACCUCAAGUGCCAGUCCCACUGCAGUAGCCCUUCAGCUGCCAGCUCUGGCAUUGAGAGCAACAUUUGCUAGUGGUGAUGUUUGUGCCAAUGCACUGACCUUCAACUUGAAACGCUGUGCUGAAGAGAUGGAGAGCCUAUUGGCUUCUCUUGCCUCGAUCAGUCCCUUACCCUGUAAGGCAUAGCAUCAUCACCCUCUCCUUUACCAGGUUACUUUUAAGAAAUGGCUCUUGAAAUUCAUUUCAUGCAUAAUUACUUGGAAUAAAAUCAGGUUUGAGUGGCUACUGGAAAUGAAUGCUCUUCGCUGGAAAAGCAAUUUUUCUGCACUUGUUUUAUUUUGCCAGUUCUAUCCAAAACUGCACUAAUGGAGGAAAAGGAAGGCACCCCUGGUUUUGAAAGCAAAAAGUUGCUUUUUCUGGGCUUUGCUACUCCCAUUGGUAAUGUUCCUGUGUUUGCGCGCAUACGUCUUGAUGGUAGAUUCGCACUACACUCCGCUAUUGUGCUGAAUACAACCACCAAGUGAAAGACUGAUGACCCUGUUCACCAUAGCUAAGUCACAAUAGAGCUCCUGUUGCUGGGGAAACACUAGCUUUAGAAGUGGCAGAGGAAUCUGUGCCAACUACAUUGACCCAGAGUUCUAGAAGUUUAGUUAGGUACAGGUGAGGGGUGGCUUGCUGGGGGAUUUGGGCGUGGAAUUAGUGUCAAGGAUAGUAAAUUCACAACAUUAGCCCUGCAUCCUCAUUACCUCAGGCAGAAUUACCUCUCUGUUGAAGGUUACGGGGUCAUACCUAAAGUGAAACAUCUCAAUCCAGACUCGGACGUAAAAUCAAUGCUCAAUGUUGCCAAAAGGAAUAAUGAGACUAAAGAACUGCAGAUGCUGGACUCCAAAGUAGGCAGGCGGGAGGCUGGAAGGACACACAGCAAGCCAGGCAUCACCAGGAGGUGGAGAAGUCGAUUUUUCGGGUGUAACUCCUCUUCAGUCCUGUGUUCUUCCAGCCUCCUGCCUGUCUAAAAAGGAAUAAGGAAGCUAUGAUCCACAAUAAACAAAAACUUCUACUGGUGCUGUUGUGACAUGAAGGCUGAAUUCGACACUGAGAGUUCAUGUAAAUGGAAAUCCAAUGUCCAAUUGGCAGAUAGUGAAAGUGUACCUUUACAUUUUAUCUGAUUUGUGUGUAAUUUGGGAAUACUUGGUGCUAUCACUCAGUGUAAUGUAUGAAAAUAUUUCCUUGCUCAUCUUAAUGUUAUGGUGUGGGACAGUAAGGGAAUUGCCUUUUGUACAUUUUGCAUUGUAGCAAGCACAUAAUUAAUCUAGGAUUUAUCAUUGUACACUGUUUAAUGUGCUCAGGUGACCUCCCUAAACCUUUCCAGCGAUACUGGCAGCCUGUUACUUAGAAUAUUUACAUGUUGUCGAUAUGUCAGUUGCAGACACGCAUUAUAGCACAAAUAACAUCUGUUUAUCCAUUUAAAUCAAGUGCACUUUGCAGUUGGUCAAUGUCCCUAAUUCUCUGUAAUGGCAGAUAAUUUCAUACUGAGCUUUAUGUAGUAGGCAUUUGUAACUCAGAGUCGAGCUUUUAGAAAGACUUAGAACAUCAGCUUACUCAGCUUAGUGAUGAUGCAACUCUAUUUGAAAUGGAUUGAUGGCGAUGACAGUGUAUUUUUAAGGAGCUCACCCACUAGGACAUGUGACUGAAGGGCUAGAAUGGUGCUUUUGGAUGUAUAUAUCCUUGUAUUGUUGCACUUAUUCUCUAGUUCAACAUACGACAAGUGACAAGAGAUCCUUCAAACUUCCAAAUUUGCCAAGUGUUAUACAACAUGUUGCCCAACAUUUGAUAACCCAUUCCCCAAGGACAAUGCAAACACCUGUUCGUGUUUUCAGGUCUCUUGCCAUGGCACUUGCUUUAUCCCUAUCCAUUUUCACACAUUAGACUCAUAAUAAUUGGAAUGUGUCGAUUCAGAGUGUUAGAAAAUGAUUCUUACAAAGCUACUGUUUGCAAA